CAAGAUCGCUCCGUUGAUAUUGGGUAAGACACCUCGCUCGGCUAUCAUGAUGUCCGCCAACAGCUUGCCCGGCUCCUCGACGUUCUUGGCCGCCAAUUACAAACGCCGAAGCGUAGUCCACUCCUUGUUGUCUCGUGCAAACACUUCCUGCUAGCUCCAGAAUUUUGACGCACAGAUAUCCCACCACAGCAGCUAGAUAAACCGGCACACCGUAGUAUUAUAUGCCCUUGAAGAGCAAGUCUGAGCCCUUGCGUGAUAACUGCCAGACCUGUCGCCAGUUGCUUGUCUGUGUUGCCUGCGCUUUUGCCUCUGCCGCUAGCUGCAGUGCUAUAGGUAUUCAUGUCUCCACCUCCUUCUCCGUUACCUUCGCGUUCAUCAUCACCCACAAAACCGCUGCCCAGAUCGCUGUCGUGGCGUCAGUAACAAAAUCGACAUUAGGUUCUUCGGACAUGUCGAAGUGCUUUGAACAAAGGUGUUUAUUUUUUGGUAUGGACCAAGAAAUGCGAGUGUCGAUGAAACAACUGGUGAUGGCGAAUGUCCGUUUUUGGUGGCAACUGACACGUACAUGUACUGGUAUGUAUCCGGUAGACGUGUCUGUACCCAGCGUGGAAUGUCAAAGCCAUACCGAUAUACGAGUAUUCCGUAGGUACUUGAUAACCCACACGUGGGUCCAUGAGGCUGCCGGCCGAUUAGUUAGUCUAGGACAAGAUAAGAAAAAAGUGCCCGUUUGCCCAUGCUCUCUCAUAAAUAAAGGAUUAUGAGAGCGAUGGUGCAAUAGGUUAUAAGUAGGCCAGGGAUGGCGGCGAGCGAACAAGGUAGAGCAGGCUACCUGACUAGCUCUAUAAUUCUAUUCCGCCUCAAGUGCCGCAAGUGAACGAUUGCAGACAAUAUUUUCUACACCCCGCCCAUUAUUCUUUCUUUCUUUUCUGUUCCCUUGUACAUCGCCCUUUGAGAGCAAUAUUUCCUACAGCACUCUCCUACUCGACAACGUGUGUAAUAGUGCAACGAUGUUUAUUAUGUUGCGUUGUGUUGUGGUGUUACUUGUUACCAGCAAACCGACUAGAGAGAAGAAGAGGGGAAAAAGUGGCGAACAACAACAGCAACAGCAACAAUAACAACAACAACAACAACUCGAUCCCCAUUUCAAACAGCAAAACGAGAGAGAGCGUGUGUGAAGAGGGAG